AUGUGGUGCGGCCGGUGCCAGAACGCAUGGUACUGCUCGCCAGAACAUCUUCAAAGUGACUGGCAACGCCAUCGAAGGGAAUGCGUCGCUGUUGCUUCACCUGAGCAACAAAGCGACACGAUACCUGCCCCUUCACCGGUAUCGCAAUUGACCACGGUAUCUGCCGUUCUAUUCAGCCCCGAGGAAGAGCAGUCGCAGAUUGUCCGUGUACAAUGCCGCCCUCAAGGCACCCAUUCUCAGGGAAUGUGCCCGGUUCCAAUAGUUCAACGUUACUUUCCUGAGAGUGUGCCCAACACCAUCAUCUUGACGCAGGGUCUCGGUGGCGAGCCUUUACGCUUUCCGCUCCAUAUCUGGUACUGCCCAACGUCGCUCCAAAGAGGGUCACCUGUCAAUCGCGCGAUUUACCGCAUUACGUCCGGCGCAGCUCCGAAAGCGUGGUGCGGACCUGUGAUGGUAUUAAAGUUCAACGGAUCCCGGCGACAGGGAUACUCUGACGCAGGUUCGAACGACUUGCCUGCGUUGUCGGCAUAUUUCAUGGCUUAUAAGUGA